AUGAAUAUUACGCUUCCCCCCAUCAAUUCACGUUGCAGCGACUGCCACGCCGCCGCCCAUCAACCCAACCCCGACGCCCGAUUGGACGAGAACGAUCCGUACAGAAAGGAGGCGCGGGAGAGAGCUGCGGCGUUGGAGAAGGAGGCGAGAGAAUUCAGGGUGGAACAAGAAGAGAAGUUGAAGAGAGAGAAGGCGAAGCAGGAAGAGGAGAAAUGGCUUGUUGCCGAAGUAAAGAAACUAGAAAAAGAAAAAAGGGAAAAGAACAAAAAGAAGAGAAAGGUCGCGGAUGAUGCUGAAAGUACAGAGUCACCCGCAAAGAAGGUUCGAGAGGAGAAGAAGGGGAGUGGGGGGAAGAAGGGGAAUGAAGGGAAGAAGGGAAAUAUGAAAGAAAUGAAGGGGAAGAAUAAGGCGGAGGCGGAGGAGGAUAAGGAAAAUAGGAAUGAUAAUAAGGAUGAUGACGGAAACGACAACGGGGAUAACGGUAACGCUAGCGACAUUUAUGACGCUUGA